GGGCUUUGUCUUCUCAUGACAGCGAAGGGUUAACAUUCUUCAUGUCUACCCCGCAGUGGUGGAGCCCAGCAGCCGAGGGCCAGCGAUGACCAUCACACUAAGAACACUCUCACAACACACAUUCUCACACGCAGGAGAUCACAUCUCUACAAUGGCAGUGAAGCCUCUCUUUAACAGAUCUCCAAAUGGAAGUCUCAUCUUCAAUCAAGGAUAAGAGUUUAGAAAAAACAAGAAUCAGAGAAAUGGAAGAAUAUCAUCUUUGAUGGGUAAGGAGCGUUUUUUUUUUUUUUUUUUUUUUUUACUUUAAAAAGAGAAAGUGGAUUUUACUUUUUUGAAAUUUGCCUACAUGUAAGUGUAUCCAGUUAUUUCAUAAAUUAACCACAGCUAAAAUAUUUGUCAGACUCCAACAGAUGAAUUGCUGGUAGACACAACAGCGUCAGAAUAACAAAAGGCUACAGACUUCAGUUCUCGGCGCCUCGAUGUGACCACCAUGUCCUGAAAAGUAAGAGGAGCCCUCUGGUGAGCAGACGUUCUGGAAAAGGUCAAAGGUCUUUGGUUAAGCAUGUUGUCAGUGGAGGUCGCCGUGGCUUUUGUGCUGUGCAGUGUGCUGAUGAAAGCCAGAGCUCUGAUUGAUUCUGAUGAUGUCCUCACCAGAGAUGAACAGAUCUUUCUUCUGAUUGGUGCACGUGCGAGGUGUGAGAGAAACAUCCGUGCACAGUUAGAUGUGGUCAGAGAGAAUUACUGUGUUCCUGAGUGGGAUGGGAUCAUUUGCUGGCCCGCAGGAAAACCCAGUCAGAUGGUUGCAGUUCUGUGCCCGGAGUACAUCUAUGACUUCAACCACAGAGGACAUGCAUAUCGCCACUGUGAUGCAUCAGGUAACUGGGAGCAGGUGUCCACCAUAAACCGGACAUGGGCCAACUACACAGAAUGCACCACUUACCUGCACAAUAACCACAGUGAACAGGAGGAGGUCUUUGAGCGUCUUUACCUCAUGUACACUGUUGGAUACUCCAUAUCACUGGCGGCGUUACUAGUGGCUGUCUUUAUCCUUUGCUAUUUCAAACGUCUCCAUUGCACCCGUAACUACAUCCACAUCCACCUCUUCACCUCAUUCAUAUGCAGAGCAAUCAGUAUAUUUGUGAAAGAUGCCGUUCUUUACACCGUCACCGAUGACGGCAAACUAGAGGAUGGGGCAGUUGGACAAAGACCCUACAUGGUGGGCUGCAAGGUUGCUGUGACCCUUUUCCUGUAUCUCUUGGCAACCAAUCAUUAUUGGAUCCUGGUGGAGGGUCUGUACUUGCAUAGUCUGAUCUUCAUGGCCUUCCUGUCUGAUAAGAACUGUCUGUGGGCUUUGACAAUCAUAGGCUGGGGGAUACCUUCAGUGUUUGUAUCCAUAUGGGUCAGUGCCCGGGCGUCUCUGGCAGACACACAGUGCUGGGAUAUAAGUGCAGGCAACCUGAAAUGGAUCUAUCAAGUACCAAUCCUGGCAGCCAUUGUUGUAAACUUCUUCCUCUUCCUCAAUAUCAUCAGGGUUUUGGCCUCUAAGUUGUGGGAAACAAACACAGGGAAACUGGACCCUAGACAGCAGUACAGGAAGCUGCUGAAGUCAACCCUGGUGCUGAUGCCGCUGUUUGGAGUUCAUUACAUGCUGUUUAUGGCUCUUCCCUACACUGACGUCACAGGUCUGCUGUGGCAGAUCCAGAUGCAUUAUGAGAUGCUCUUCAACUCCUCACAGGGUUUCUUUGUGGCAUUUAUUUACUGCUUCUGCAAUGGGGAGGUGCAGGCAGAGGUUAAGAAGGCAUGGCUGAGGCGCAGUCUUGCAUUAGACCUGAAGCAGAAGGCUCGUGUCAACAGCAGUGCGGGAUGUGGGAGUGGCUACUAUGGAGGCAUGAUGUCACACACCACCACACAGAGCGUGUGUCUCAGCGUCAGUGGUACUAAAGGCCUGCCGCUGGGGACCAUCGGGGGCAAAGGACAACCACGUCUCCACCAUUCAGGAAACUUACCUGGCUACGCGCCUCAUGAUACAGAGACUGUGUUUUAUACAGUGCAGCAGCAUGAGUUGGUUCUGAGGCAGACUGAUGGGAAAGGGUCUCCGUCCAAACAGAUCAGCAGGAAUGCAGAGGAAAGUGAGCAGGAUUUUGAGCCAUGUUUUGUAGCAGAUGAGGAACAUUCUGGUUCCAUGUCUUGGAAAGAACUGGAAACGAUGCUUUGAUGGUCUCCUGGCUGGAUAUUAUGGUGCUUACUGUUGUUAGAAACUCUUAAGUAUUAAAUAGGCUAGUAUUAAAGUCAGGAUGAAAUGGAAGUUGCGAUAGUCUUUUCUUAUUGUGAUGUAUUUAAAAAAUGGCUUCUCGAACAAGAAAAAAAAAUUGUACAUUGUGAUUGGAUGGUUGUGGUUUGAUAUUGCUGUGAUGUCAUGUGAGUGACAGGUUGCCCCGCCUUCAUGCCAGUAAACACGUCAUUAGAGAAGAGAUGAUGCUGCAAGAGAGAAAGGAAGUUAUUUUGAUUAAAGUUUAUGAGGGAAUGUGAAUUAAAACAAAAACAAUGACGUGCACAGAUAAAUCAUUUAUAAAAAAACCUAAAUAUGGCGAUAUCCGAUAAAAAAAUAAGAAUUUUGAUUUCAUGGUGACUUUAAAUACAAGCUAAGCUCAAUCAAUUUCAGUCAAUAAUUUCAAAAUGUCUCUUGUUUUCUUAAAAAAAAAAAAAAAAAAAAUAAUUGAGGUAUGAGGCACUUACAAUGAAAGUGAAUAGGGCCAAUCCAUAUGAAAACUGUUUUAAUAGUACAGCCACAUUGUUUACACAUGAUGUAAAUGAUAUUCAUGUUAACAUGAAUUUAAUGUGGAAAAAACACUUACUAACCUUUCCUGACUAAAGUUAUAUUCAAUUUUACAACUCUGUUGCCUUGACAAGGAACACCAUAAACUCGUCGACCGUAAAAUCACUAUGAAAAUGAUGUGAACAGAUUUAAAGCCCAAAUAAUACAAGUUUUAACAGAAGAACUAACGUAAGUGCUUUUAUAAAUAAUAAAAUAGAUGAUUCAUAAAUACAUUGAUAAAAUUUGAAUCCUCCAAAAAUUGGCCCCAUUUCCUUCCAUUGUAAAGGCCUCAUUGUAACCUCAAUUUUGCUUUAAAAAAAAAAAAAAAAAAGAUUGACCAUAGAUUUACAUUCAAGAAGGGGAUGAUAUCUAGAAACCACAAUGUCAUAGAGACUUGGGCCGAUAAGCAACCAUCUAGAAAUGUCCUAGCAACCACCCUGAACGCCCUAGUAACUGCAUAGUAAUACUGUAGAAACUAACCCCAGUACCUCAGCAUUGUGGUGGUGAGUUUUAAAAGCACAAGCACCAAUCAUUUCUUAAGAAAAUACAGUUUUUAAUAUUGGAAUUAUGGAUGUCUGGAGCUAAAAUGUCAAGAAAAUAGAUAAAGAAUGUGAAGGCCACUGGAAAACUUUGUAUAUAUGAUAAGCUUUUACAUUUGAAAUGUACUGUACAAAUGACCUUUAGUAUCAGUUUCGAUUUGUCAAGUUUCGAGUAUUUCUAAAUCCAUCUUUCAAGUUACUCAAUGUCUGGUUAAUGUUCAGUAAGAAUCUAAUGCCCCUCCUAAAAACCUGCAUUAAUAUUUGUAAGUGUAGCAAGCAUAAACUGAUAUACAUAUACCCGGCACAAUGCGGCGCCAGGUGCGACUCAAGUGUUUUUUGCUAGUUUCAGCCUAACGCAGUUAUCAUUUUCACGUCCUUCGCCACGUUGUUUAAAUAGCAAAUGCAUUUGCGCCCAUUUGUGCGCCCAUGGGCGUGCUGGUCUGAAAACGAGGUGUGUUCAGGUGCAUUGUUGGCGUGUUGCUAUUUUGAGGCAACUGAAAUAGACUGCGCCAUUGACCAACUGAAACCUGGUCUAAAGUCAAUGGCGCAAUAUUUGUUUUGUUAUUUAAAGAGCGUGUUAGUAAUAUACGCCUAUAUGCGGGCGCGCAACAUGCGUACACUCUGCUUAUUACACAUACAGAGCAGCAACACACAAACAUGCCAAAUAUUAAAAAUAAAAGGAUUACAAUGUAAAAGAUUAUUAUUGUGUGCAUAAAGAUAAAAAUGCUUUGGUGGAAUCCGGCUUGUCCCGUAGAUGUUCUGCUGUGUUUAAUGUAAAAUCAUUAUUUUAGAUGUGUUGAAUAAAAUCCGGAAUGCCUGUAACAUGUAAUACUUAUUUUACUUAUUUAUUAAAUACUUUGUCACUAGAAUUUGGAGAUAUUAUUAUAAGUAGAGAUAUUAAUUAUAUGAUUACAAAUGUUUGAAGUGAGGUUUAAAAAUUGGAUGUGAAAGGAUGCAUGUGUUUGAUUGGCAAACACUUUCACAUACCAGUUGCUUCAAUCCCAGUUCUUUCCCCCAUAGUCUUACUAUUCAUUUCACAGUCUUUCAGCACUCUGCCCUAGACGCCCUCUCAUUGCAGUCAGGAAUUUCACAGCUGAGCUUCAGGUCCAAACCUAGAC